GGCCCAGGCGCAGCGGCCAGCGGCGGCGAGCUCACGGCCAUGCUGCCAUGGUGGUACGCCAUCAUCGUCCUGCAGUUCUGGCCGAUGGACGCGCCGGCCGACCUCUGGGACUACGAUCAGCCGGCGCGCUGGAACUACACGUUCCCUCUGUGUGACGGACCGCUGCAGUCACCAAUCGCCCUGACCCACCACCGGGUGGUGUUCUCUCUGCCGCCCAAGGUGGUGGGCGCGGCCGGGCUGGCGCAAGGUCAGGUCGUGGCCACCAACACGGGUCGCCGCCUGGAGCUGCGCCUGCGGCCGGCCAACAGGAGCGCACCCGCUAUCCAGCUCGUCUCCUACAAGAAGCCGCUGUUCGGCGUCUACAACCUGGAGGAGGUGCAGUUCCAUUGGGGCGAUGGCAAGGGCACCACCGGAUCGGAGCACUCCAUUGGCGGCAAGUUCUUUGAAGCCGAGGCGCAGUUUGUCUUCUAUAACAAUUUCUACGGCAGGAUCCAGAAGGCCAAGCGGCAGGCGGGUGGAGUGGCGGUGGUGUCCAUCAUGCUGCGCAGCUCCGAGAAGCUGGUGGAGCCGGGCUUCCCGACCUUCGGGCUGGAGAACUGGCUGGAUCAGCUGUCCGCCAGGGACAGCCGUCUCACCUUCCCGGCCGACCUGACGCCCGUGCAGCGCCUGCUCAGCGGAGCCCUCACCAAGGUCUACGCCUACUACGGCAGCUUCACCAGUCCGCCCUGCAACCCGGUGGUCACGUGGCUGGUGUCGGCCGCCGAGACGGACAUCAGCGCCCGCUUUCUGAACGGCCUCGUUACGAAGAUGUUCCAGGACAGGGCCAUGACCCUGCCACUGGUCAACAACUGGCGGCCGCUGCAGCUCCAGACGGGACGGCUGGUUACCAAACUGCAAACCAUUGGCGGUGGUGUACGAUGA